UUUUUAUAAUACUGAUCAUCAACUUCCAAUUGAGAUUGAUCAUCUUGCAUCAACACUCACUAAUUUAGGUAUUUAUAACACCCGAGUCACUCAUUUACCAGAACAAAUCGGUAAACUAAAACAUCUACAAUCAUUAGAAUUGGUCAAUACUAAUUUAAUGGCACUUCCAAAUGGUAUUGAUGGUUUAUCCUCACUUACUUUACUCUUUUUACCUAAUAAUAAACUAAUUUCAUUACCUAAAACGAUCAAAAAUAUUCGAUCAUUAUCACAAAUUGUAUUAAAAAAUAAUCCAUAUCUUCAUUCAAUACAAUCACUCAAUGGUUUGUCAAAUCUUCGAAUUUUACAAGCAGAUAAUUGUCCAAUUGAACGUAUUCCACUUCAUUUACCACAAUUAACUGAUUUACAUAUGUCUAAAAAUAAUCUUUCACAUUUAAUUGGUAUUCGAACAUUAGGAUAUAAAACAAACAAUAGUAAAUAUUUUUAUUUUAAUAAUAAUCGUAUUCAAUCAGUUCCACCUCAAAUUAAACAUGUGAAUAAUCUUUAUUUUCUCAAUCUUGAUUACAAUCAUUUAAUUAGUUUACCAUUAGAUAUAUUCAGCAUAACUACACUUCAUUAUUUAUAUAUUCGCAAUAAUGAUUUUAGUGUUAUCGAAUUAAAAGCAAUUGUUAAUAAGUUUAAUGCUACACAUCCAUAUAUGAAUCUAUAUUAUGUGAAUAAAAAGAAUUCAAUAGUAAAAAGCAUCACAAAUUGA